UGUGGCAAAAGUAAAAAGAUUUGGAUAAUUCAGUAUUGUUACUAACUAUAUACAAUCAUUUAAUUUCAGCGAAAUUAAAAUUUUAGUAUUAACUAUUUGGCUAAUUUACAUCUAAUAAAAUUAAGAUUAUAGAUAAAAGCAUUAGGUUACCAUUUUAAAAAAAUGUUAAUUAGAAAUUAUUCUCCUGUUAAGACUAGCUCUUAAAUUUCUCAUCAAACAAAGUAAAGUCUUUAUGAUUCCAUGAAGUUUUAGAUGAAAAGAUCUUCUUCUCAAAAUCCAAAUAUUUCAUUAGAUUAGAGAAGCCUAAAUAGCUUUUUGUUAAAUCAGAAUGCCUUAAGAAUAGUUUCCCCCUACAAAAAGGUAUAAAGGCAAACAUUAGGGUUCCACAAUUUAAAUGUUUUAUCUAUUCGCGACUGUAGUGGUCAUAAUUAGCUAUUUUUAAGUAAAGACGCCUCACCAAUAAAAAAAAGAGCGCUUAAUACAUAAGCAUCAACAAUAAGGAGUGAAUUGAUUAUAUAAGCAACUUAAAAAGACUAAGAAGAGGUAUUGAAAAAAUUUUAAAGAAGCUAAACUCCUCUUAAUAAGGGUUAAAGAAACAUUCAUAUAAGAUCUAUAAGCUCCUGCAAUUUAAACAUGACUAAAUAAGAGUCAGCUUCUCCUACAAAAGUUAAUAAUUCAGGGUUAGACUCAAGUAGAGGAAUGUUAACUUUUAGCACAAAUUUUUAAAACACACCAAAAACAGCAAACAGUUCUCAAAUGAGAAGAAGUGAGUCUUCAGGUUUUAGAAAAUCAGAUAAUCUCAAUUCCUAAGUUUAAGUUAAAAUUAAUGAAUAUGAAAAUUUAAAUAACAAAAUAUAAGAACUGCAAUAUGAAAAGUAGUCUAUGUAAGAAUAUAUUGAGAGAAUUAAAAAAGAGAUCACCAAUGAAAAAUUUUUAAUUUAAAUAUCCAAGGAUAAUACAGUAAAGUACAAUAGAGAAAAUAACAAUAAUAUGGCUUCUAAUGAUCGUUUGGCUUAAGAAUAGUUAUACAAAUCAUUAGAAAUAUAAAAAAUACUAUAAGAAAUAAAUUAGAUUAAAAUUGAUUAAGAGGAAAUUAAAUAAUAUAACUCUUAAAUUUUAGAAUAAAUUGAAAACGAAAAACUGUAGAUUGAAUAACUGAAAGGUGAAAUUUAUCAGAAUAAGAAGGAUUAACUAGAUAUGAAUAAAUAAAAAGAAAAGAUUCUUAAAGAUCUCCAAAUUUAACACAAGCAAAUGAUUUGCAUAGAAAAGAAAUAUAUUGAUAAGGCUCGCUUAUAAAACUAAGUUCUUCAUAAAGUGAACACAAGUUGUCUCUCCUAAGAUUUUUUAGAUAAAAAUAAUAUCCAAAGUUAAAGUGCAUCAUCUAAAAAUAUUAUCAGCCUUUCUUAGAUAAAUGAAGAUAACGAUAAAUAAGACAGUUUAAUUCUCAAAAAUGACCAUUAAAUUCCUUCUUUGUUCAAAGCAAAUUCUAAAAAUAAAAAAAAGAAUGAAAAUACAAUUUAAUUUUCUUUAGAAAAAAAUCAAACUAAUUCUUAUAAUAACGAUAUGUUUUGA